UUUCUUGGGCAAUAGGUGCCAUAAUGCUAACUGUAAAUAGACAAGAGCACUUCGAAAAACUCAAGUAUAUUUUUGUGGAUGGAUACUUUGCAAUAUUUAAUAAAAAUUUUGAAAGAAAAACCAUUAAAAAAUUUAUUUUAAGAAACUUACAAUAUCACUUACUUUGUUUUUUAAGUGCAACGUGUGUUUCUGCAGUAGGAUACAUUUAUUGUAAAUUGUUCAAAAAGGAAAAACAUAUAAAAACGUAUUUACUGCUAUCGUUUCGUCCUCUUUAUGAGCAGACAUAUCCAUUCAAAAUUAUUAAAUUCAAUUCCAUGAGAUUUUUGUUUAUAGUAUGGUGGAUCAUGUGUUACAUAUUAAUUAUUUCAUAUAAAACAUAUCUUAUAGAAUUCAGAUUAAAGGACCCUAAAAUUGAAUACUCUUUAGAAGAUUUGGUUGAUGAAGGAUUUAAAUUCGAGUGCUAUUUGGAUGACUACUUCUAUAUAAAAGAAGAGUGCGAGCGAGUUCCUUCGAUAUUCUGUAAAAAAUUAAUACCAAAGUCUUCGUAUUACAUUGAUACAUGCGAGGCAUUUGAAAGAAUGUUUGAUAACAGAAUUGCAGUUAUUGGAGAAAUGCAUACUAUAAGAUACAUGGUGCAUUUUUGUACUUUUACAAGAUUUCGACAAAGUGAAAUAAAAUUUUCAUCGAACCGAGUAUUUGGCUUGCAAAUUCACUUUUGGCCAUUGUUGAAAAAUUCUUUUCUAGUAGAAAAGUUUUCAGAAAAAGUUGAUCUCAUAGAGCAAGCUGGCCUUUAUAUACAUUGGCUUCGGAUGGAGUUACAUAUAAAAACAUUAGGCAAAGAUGAAAAAAUUCCCAAGGAAUAUACUCUGGCCCUUAAAGAUGUAUUUAUAUCAUUCUGCUUAUUAUCUGCUGGAUAUAUGCUCAGUAUUAUAUGGUUUUUGGGAGAAAUAUUCAAGAAAAAAUAGGAAAUAAUUAAAUUCAUGAAUAAAUUAGGAAAAGUUAUAUCUACUGAACUGUAAGCUAGCACAAAAUGCACAUUCUUGUAAACUUUAAAUUUAAACAAAAUAAAUAAGUC